AUGGCGCCUUUUAGAUUGGACAGCAUAUUGAUUAUUUACCCAAGAUCGGAGUCCACGCUGAUCCAGUUCGGAAUACAGGAGGAAACGUUUACGGUCCCUGAGUUGGAGAUCCCUACUCUGGUCUACAAGAGUAAAGAUGCAGAGGGAAACGUCGUCUAUCAUAGUGAGCCAGGUGAAUCGAGAGAAGAGGUACGGCCCAUCAAGAACAGUUCUAUCAUCGAUUUGGAUGCAUUUUUGGGGUUUUUGAGACUCGUCUAUGUCUCCAUCUUAUAUGAUUCCUCGUCGAGAAAACCUGGUGCAUUUGAGGCCGAGCUUUCAAGUAUUCCAUUGCUUAUGGUUGCACACCACUCAUGGUCACAGAUACAACUAGAGGUAAUUACUCAGUUUGUAUUUGAAGCUCUACAGAUAAACAAUGCCCUACUCCUUCCUGCAUCUCUCGCUUCAUCCUAUGCUAUGAGUUCCUUGCAAAAUUGUUGUAUCAUUGAUAUUGGAACAACUCACACUGAUAUCAUACCUAUAAUUGAUUAUACACCGCUAGAGGCUCUCAGUUCGAAGAUUGCAUAUGGUGGGCAGCUGAUAAAUGACCAGCUGAGUAAACAACUGCCUGACUUGUCAGCUGAACAAAUAGAAGAUUUGAAAAGAUCGCCCAUCUUUGAAGUUUUGACUGAAGACGCCAAGAAGAUGUCAGCUUUCGAUUUCCAGGAGACAUCGGAGACUGAUGAUGGUGCUCUAGAUGUCGCGGCUAUCGUUACAAGUGGUCGUGAUACUCGUGAGAUCUUGGAGGAAAGAGAACGCCAAAAGAAUGAGAAGAACGUCUCGAAUUCUCAACUAGAAUCUAAUACAUUUUCGGAUAGACAUGGCAACGCAAUCACCGUCGGGAAGAGUAGGUUUCAAGGGUGCGAUCAACUAAUCAAAAAAAUUUCAAAUAGAGUGGGCAAGGCAUUGAGCCGAAUUGAUGAUUUGCUCAAACUGAGGGGUGCCUGGGAGAAUAUAAUCAUAGUUGGUGAAACAUCAUCCAUUCAAGGUUUUAAGGAAGCUCUAGUAGUACAACUUAAUGACGAUUUUUUGAUAGUUGAACCAGAAGAAGAAAGGCAGAGAAGAGAACAAGAAGCCAUGGGAGCUUUGCCAGCAAAGAGGAAAAACAAAUUCAUGGGUAGUGGAUUCAUACCUAAUAUUGAGUAUGUGCAAGCGCCCAGUGUGAUCAAGAUGGCCAAAUAUCCAGACUAUUUCCCUGAAUGGAAGAAGCACGGCUACUCGAGGAUCCCAUUCUUAGGGGCGCAGAUUGUAUCGAAACAGAUUUUUACCCAUUCGAAAGAUACUUUUUACAUUACCAAAGAGAAGUAUGACGCCAAAGGCCCAGCUGCUUUAUGGGACAUCAUGUUUUGA